CAGAGGCAUCACCUUCAUCUACAGUGCAUCCACUGAACGAUGGGACAUCUUAUUACGCUGGCAACAUGUUCGCUCAAUCAAUGGGCCCUCGAUUUCCAAGGUAAUAUGGAGCGCAUCCUCGAGAGUAUCGCAAUUGCGAAGGGGCGAGGAGCGACACUCCGAGUCGGACCAGAGCUAGAGAUCCCCGGAUACGGCUGCUUGGAUCACUUCCUAGAAGGCGACACGGUCCUGCAUUCAUGGGAGGUGCUUGCCAAAAUCCUGGCUUCUGAAGAAGCCCAAGGUAUCGUAUGUGAUCUAGGGAUGCCGGUGGUGCACAAGAACGUCAUAUACAACUGCCGCAUCAUCAUACACAACCGCCAGAUCCUUCUCAUCCGACCGAAGAUGUGGAUGGCAAACGAUGGAAACUAUCGUGAGCUUCGUUACUUCACGCCGUGGACCAAGCAUCGUCAAUGGGAGGACCACUAUCUGCCUCGGAUCAUCCAGGUCCUGACGGGACAGGCGAGCGUGGAAUCCAGAUCCCGGGUUUGUUUCUGAUCAUGCUCUCAGACCAAGGUUCCGUUUGGAGACGCUGUGAUCAGCACGCAGGAUACCUGUAUCGGAAUCGAACUGUGCGAGGAGUUAUUUACACCAGCAAGUCCACACAUCCUCAUGGGACUGGACGGCGUUGAGAUCUUCACCAACUCGAGCGGAAGCCACCACGAACUGCGCAAGCUUUACACCCGGGUUGAACUCAUAAAGGAGGCGACACUGAAGCUUGGUGGGGUAUAUCUGUAUGCGAACCAACAAGGAUGCGACGGAGAUCGCCUCUAUUAUGAUGGCUGUGCUAUGAUCGCUGUGAACGGUCGCAUCAUUGCGCAAGGCUCGCAAUUCUCUCUGAACGAUGUCGAAGUCAUCAGCGCGACGAUUGAUAUCGAAGACGUCCGGGCGCACCGUGCAAAAAGUAGCCGCAGCAUGCAAGCAGCAAGCGCUGAACGUUACCAUCGGGUCGAAGUCGACUUUGCGCUGACGUCUGGGAAAUUCGACAUCGUCGCUGAGGAGGAUAUGGCCGGACUUCUCACUUAUUCCCGCCCCUACGAAGUGAAAUACCAUAUCCCCGAGGAGGAAAUCGCGCUUGGUCCAGCGUGUUGGCUAUGGGACUAUCUGCGUCGUUCUCGCACCCAGGGUUACUUUGUUCCCUUGAGUGGAGGGAUCGACAGUUGUGCUACUGCGGUUAUCGUAUACUCCAUGUCUCGACUCGUUGCAGAUGCAGCGCGCAGUGGGAAUCAGCAAGUAAUCUCCGACGCUCGUCGUAUCUCUGGAGAGCUAGAAGACUCCAAAUACCUUCCCACUGAUCCACGCGAAUUCACCAAUCGGGUCUUUCACACAUGCUACAUGGGUACCGAAAACUCGAGUGCUGAAACGCGCCUCCGCGCGAAGCAGCUCGCGGAGGCCAUCGGCAGUUAUCACGUUGACAUGAACAUGGACUCGAUCGUAACCGCUGUGCGGAACUUGUUUGGUCUAGUGACCAAUGCACGACCUCGUUUCCGCGCUCAUGGAGGAACUGCUGCUGAGAAUCUGGCGUUGCAGAACAUCCAGGCAAGACUGCGCAUGGUCAUGGCAUAUAUGUUUGCUCAGCUCUUGCCCUGGGUGCGUGGGAAGGUCGGCGGCCUGCUCGUCCUGGGAAGUGCGAAUGUUGAUGAAAGCCUUCGCGGAUAUCUGACCAAAUACGAUUGCUCCUCGGCCGACAUCAACCCCAUCGGUGGAAUCAGUAAGACGGAUCUCAAGAAAUUCAUCGCCUAUGCCGAAACGAACUUUGAUCUCCCCAUUCUGUCCAACUUCCUCAACGCGACUCCGACUGCAGAACUGGAGCCCAUCACAGAGAACUAUGUCCAAGCUGACGAAGCCGACAUGGGCAUGACUUACGACGAACUUUCGGUCUUCGGACGCUUGCGGAAAGUGGAGAAAUGCGGUCCGUACAGCAUGUUUACGAAGCUGAUCCAUGAAUGGGGAUCGUUCCUGUCUCCGCAACAAAUCGCGGACAAAGUCAAGCUGUUCUUUUUUGAGCACGCUAGGAACAGGCACAAGAUGACGACCCUCACUCCGUCCUACCACGCUGAAUCAUACAGCCCGGAUGAUAAUAGAUUCGAUCUGCGGCCUUUCCUCUAUCCUUCGCGCUUCCCCUGGCAGUUCCGCAAGAUCGAUGAAAUCACCGCUGUCCUGCCUGACCGCUCUGUUGGCACUGCGGGACAUGCUAGUUCGAAACCGAAACAGGACUAAUCUGGUCCUAAUAACAAUUAUGUCUCAAAUAUGUAGAAUGUAUGUGAGUGUAGAUUGGAAGCACGUGAUCACAAAUACUCGCGAUCUACUUUCCUUGAUCACCGUUUUCAGUAAGUACAAUUGGGUCCUCGACGCGGCACAAUGCGCCUGGCGGGAGAAUGGAAGGCUCUACAAUGGGUCCAGGU